AUGGAAGACAAAAGGUUCCACCUGGGAAAUCCCAUAUCCUCUGUUCCUGCAAGUGAUACACCAUCUUCUGUCGGAGAUAUAGAAGCUGCAGUGCCUCCGUCUUUUCCUGAAACGGCAAUUCCUUUGAGCGUUCGGGCAGAGGAAGAGAACAUGGCACACUCUCACACUGCCGUCCAUCAUGCUCAUGCGGAUUCUUUACUGCACUCAACCCAUCUCGCCCAUGAUGGGACUGGAAUUCAGACCAUUCAGCCUAGUGCAUUGACAGUGGGCGAUGUUGAAGUGACCCAGCCGGGCGCUGUCCGUCUUGGUCCGGCCGAAUUUGCCUUGACACUGCCCAUGGAUUCAAGAAUAAAGGACGACUACGAGCGCGUGAUUUCAGAUGGAGCUUCAACAAUGCAGGAAUAUCUGACUCUUUCUCGUCACAAUUCUCGGACUCCAUCCUCUGAUCGAGAUUCGUUGCAGUCAAAAGUUUACGAAAUUAUAGCUCGACUGAACAAUGUAACCACUCAUCCUGACUUGAAUAUCCCUGAACACCUGGCAGCGGGAGAUAGCGGUCUGGAGUCGCAGGCCAAAUGGGCAGAGUAUUCCAGCUCUAAAUUCCUUCUACUCGGGUACUUGAUUGAACUUGCAAGCACUCAUGAGCUUCAUAUCAUCAUCGCUGUCCAAAACGAUCAGAAGCAAACCAUUAUUGAGCGCUAUCUUCGAGGCAAGGGUUUUACGUACACUCGGCCUCGGGAAGAGUUGGGUGGUAAUUUGGAGGUAUCUCUGGCGAAAGGCCCUCUCAGCUUUGGGGUUCACUCCAAUGGCAAUGUGCGAGAUAUGUUCAGAGCCCCAUGUGCAAUCCUUGUUUUCGACACGGCAUUCAAUCCCAGCAGUCCGGCCGUGGAGUAUAUUCGUAGAACAUAUACUCGCAACGGCGGUCUUCUUCCCGUUAUUUGGCUCUUCAUUUCUAACACUUGUGAACAUGUUGAGCGGUGCCUCCCAGACACGACCGAGUCUGAGCGAUUGCGACUGCUUUUGCAAUACACUGCUCGGCUCCACGGUGAAGCAGGUGAUCUCCAACAUGAUGCCCUCAAUGUGCAGGAAGACGCGGAAGAAAUCGUCAACUAUUUACUGCACAGUUUCGCUUCUUGGCAACUGCCAAUGGUUGAGUCCCUUAACUUUGCGCCUUCCGAAGAAUCGGAUCAGACAUCAUCGUCUGACGAGUCCCAAGUGGCGGCUCAGAAGCGUUCGUUACCUGACGAUGAUAAAGAGGACAACACCUCUAAACGCGCCAGAGUCGACCUUCCAGGUACUAGCACUCAGUCAACAAAGGAUCCCAGUCAAAGCCUGGAAGACGAACUUCAUCAUUUGGAAGCAAAUCUUGUUCAAAUGAAAAGUAACCACACCGUCGAAAAAGAGCAGUUAAAGCACGAGUUGAAUCAGUGGCAGUCCCGAUACCAGGACAAGGAUAGAUCAUUGAGUAGUCUCCAAUAUCGGUAUGAGAAUCGAAAGAACGAGCUCCACAAGGUCCGGCAAGAACGUGACAAGUUGGAAGCAUCCAAGAAGUCCAUGGAACAACGAACAGAGAAAUCAAAAGAAGACGUCACCAAGUUGAAGGAGGAACGAAGCCAACUGAAGAAGGAACUUGAAGAGGCUCGCCAAGAACUCAAGAAUGGUGGCGGCUCACUGGCGGAGCUCGAGGCAGCCCGCGAAGAGAUCCGCCUCCUGAAAAAGGACGCCAUAAGCCUGGAACGCAAGGCCGACUAUGAAAAGAAUCAAGCGGAGUACACUCGAGAGCAAUACCAAAACGCAUCUAACGCUGCUGCUCAGGCUGGGAAUGAAUUGCGUCAACUCCAAGCCGAGAAUGAGUCUCUCAAACUUAAGGCCGAUAACAACUCCGUUCAACUACGCGGAAUCGUCAAUGCGAGUGACUCGGCCACCCACAUCUCCCGAAUUGAAGAACUUGAGCUUAUGCUUGCCUCUCGUAAUGACCUCCUGCGCAGGAAGGAGGAAGAGCUGCGAGAGAUCCGCAAAAAUCGACCUUCUACCCGCUCGACCAGCACACAACCACGAAGUCCAAAAUGGGCCGCAUCAAGUCGCCCAACGAGCCCUGGGGUGAACAAUGGAAAUGGAAACGGCAAUGGCAAUGGUGGCCUCGCUGGUCGAGGCAGUGGCUUGCGUUUCAGUUCGGAGGUUUUGCCGUAA